UUGUUAUUCUAGAAUCAAUAUACAUUAUCAUGUUGCGGUUCUUGGCGUUUCUCUGCGUGUUGAUAUGGACAGCACAAGCUUCGAAAGCAGUUCCGAAGAUAGUAGGAGGAGAUGAUGCUGCUGAAGGAGAGUUCCCAUACCUGGCUUCAUUAAGAGUAUACAAUUCCCGAAAUGAUCUGAUCCAUUUCUGUGGAAGCUCGAUAAUUUCCCAUUGGCUGGUGAUGACUGCAGCCCAUUGCAUGCUAGACUAUCCCAAAGACAGAAUAGAAGUAGUGGUCGGCACAAACAACCAGUGGAGUGGCGGUGCGAAAUACAAAAUAGAUAAAUACAUCAAUCAUGAAAACUACAACGAAACUUCAUUCGCAAACGACAUAAGUCUUAUUCUAGUGAACAGACAAAUUCAGUUGGGGGAGAAAGUUGGUCUAGUUAAAUUGCCAACAGAGGACAUUGGGGGCGGACUCGAUUUGAUAAUAGCUGGGUUUGGAUAUGUUGAUAAUUAUCACACACGACCAAGAAGAAUGCAAAAACUGACUGUGACAUCGAUAACAGUAGAAGAAUGUCGAGCCAAACAUAAAAAUAUUGAAAAAUAUAACCCAAUCACUGAUAAACUGCUCUGUACCUACAAAGAUUAUGACGAAGGCAUCUGUCAAGGUGAUUCUGGAGGUGCUCUUGUCCAUAAUGGAAUAGUACAUGGAAUCACAUCCUGGAACAUUCCCUGUGGUAGAGGGAAGCCAGAUGUAUUCACCAGGGUUUAUAAGUACCUGGAUUGGAUCUCAACGACUGUUGGAAAACUUCCAAUACCUACUUGAAUGUAUGUUACGUUCUACGUAAUACAGUGUUAUUACAAAAAAAAAACAUAAUAAAUAUCAUGAAAAUUUAAUAAAUAAACUAUACACUA